GCUAUACUACUACCCAGCCUACCCAAACAGAGUUUUUCAAGCUUUGGAAGAAAUGAAACGAUUGUCUUUCCUCACUGAUCUCACCCUAAGAACUCAAAGUGAUGUUCAUUUCCAUGCUCACUCUUUGGUUCUGGCUGCCAUGAGCUCCCUUGUCCAGGAGAUGCUCCAACAAGUGAAUGAAAAGAAUGAGAGAGAUAUUUUUUUGUGUGUUGGUCCAGAAGUAUCUGAUUUGGGCAUAUCUACAGUGUUGGAGUUCGCCUACACUGGAACCAUUUCUGAUUUGAACAGAGGAUCUUUAGCUGAAAUUCAGGCUGCAGCUCUCUAUCUGGGAGUUCCCAGGGUUUUGAAGCUCUGCAAAGAAGAAGAAGAAAGAGAGGGAAAGAAUGAUGGUGAUAAGAAGAUGGAGGAGAAAAAUAGUAGAAUCACUGCUGCAGAACAGAAGACGGUCAGCUUGCAGUCCAUCAGGCAGCUGUGGGAUGAAAGAGUGGGCUGUGAUGUGGAGGUGGAGGCUGAUGGAAGAAUAUUUUGUGCACACAGGGUCAUUCUGAGUGCCAGCAGUGACUACUUUCGUGCAAUGUUCAGCAGCGGUAUGAAGGAGACCCACCAGACCUCAGUGUCCCUGCUGUUGAUGGGGGCACCUGAACUAGAAUCCCUUCUUCACUGCUGCUACAGCGGACAUCUGUUUCUUGAUUGGGGCUGCAUUUUCAAGCUCACCUCCACUGCUCUUCAGUUCCAAUUCCAACCGGCUCUGUCACUUUGCCUCAAUUUCAUGCAGCAGGAAAUGGAUGCUCAUAGAUGUCUGGAUGUAGUUGCUUUUGCCGAGGCUUAUGAAAUGGGUGACUUGCAAGAAAUGGCAGAAGACUUUAUGCUUAGGCAUUUUGAGGAUGUAGCAGCCACUCUGAAGUUUCAGGACCUGCCAGUGGAGAAGCUGAAGAAAUAUCUGAGUAGCAACUGCCUCUGUGUAACAUCAGAGCUGUCUGUGUUCAGAGCAGUCGUAUCUUGGAUUGAAGCUGAUCCAAAGACUAGGGUGAAAGAAGCCAGUGAUCUAAUGAGAGCUGUCCUAUUUCCUCUCAUGACCUUUACAGAAUUCAGAGAAGUGAAGGUUAUAAUGUCAUGGCCACAAGUCAGCAAUAGGGACCUUUAUGAGUCUCUGUUUGAAGAGUUCUGUACCAGUACCUUUAAUUCCCAUUUAGGCUUUAGGACCUACCUUCCUAAAGAAACUUUGGUCCUAGUUGGUGGUGAAAGGAUCACUGAAAACCUUGAUAAACGCAUACCCUGUAGGGAAAUAUGGUUCAGCAACUCCUUCCGUAACUAUGUUGGCCGAAUGAAAAGAGUUGAAUGGAGAAAACUGGGCGAAUUACCAGAGAAACCAAGAUUCUGUCAUAGUGUUGGAGUAAUAAGCGGGGAACUAUAUGUAGUUGGUGGUCGACAUUAUUACGGAAAGGAGGACACUAUGAAAUGCACCUAUAGGUAUAAUCCAAUCCAAAACAGUUGGCAAAAGUUGGCUGAUAUGAAUGAGAGAAGGUGCAACUUUGCUCUUGUAGUUUUGGAUGGAAAAAUGUUUGCCAUAGGUGGAGACAACGAUUCAGAGGUCAGCAUAGGAAGUGUAGAGGUCUACAGUCCUAUUACAGAUUAUUGGAGCUUUGUUCACCCUUUGGAUCAAUCCUUAAGUGGUCAUGCUGCCAGUGUAUUGAAUGGAGAGAUUUUCAUCUCAGGAGGCUUUGACAGUAGAUACCAGUGCCUGGCAUCCAUGCUGCUCUACCACCCAGAGAAAGGCACCACAAACCUUGUAGAUAUGUCCCAGAGCCGGGCUCUGCACUGCAUGGAGAGCUUGAAAGACUGCAUAUACGUAGCUGGUGGAGUCUCAGGUGUGGAUGGACAGUUAUUUGACCAGCUAGCCUGUGAGUUCUUUGAUCCAAUUAAUGGUUACUGGUAUACCAUUAUGCCCAUGUCUUUGCCUCAUGUCAGUGCAGCAUCUGCAAUGUUGGAAGGAAAGAUUUAUAUCAUUGGUGGCUAUUGCCAUGAAGAUUACAGCGACACAAAAGUGGUCCAUAGGUUUGAUCCUGCAACACAGCACUGGGAGAACUUGUGUGGAACCCCUGGCUCUAACACAUAUAUUGCUGCUUGUGUACUGGCUUUACCUCAUCACCUUAGACAAUAAAGACUUUUGGUUUAUCCAGCUCUAAAAUUUAGUUAGAAAUAAAGCUAAUUGUAAACUGUCAUAUAAUCUCCAAUCACACACUUGAGUAUAAUUUCUUUAAUGUAAUAUUUUCUGAUGCAUUACCAUACCUGUAAAUACACUUUAUAUAAUUAAAUAUGUUAAACACCACAAAAUAUAAAAAAAUUAACAG